UACUAACUUCAGUUGUUUUGGGCCGUUAAAGCAAAAAAAAAACAAACUGAAAACGUUAAACUUCGGAAUUUUAUAUUUUUCUUCUCCAUUCUUAAACAAAAUAAAAGAAUAAUAAUGCUGUCCCUGGAACCGCAAGAUCAGCUCGUCUUUGAAGGUGCCUCCUCCAAAGACCUGGUCAUCAAAAAUCCCGCCAAGAAGCAGAGUGUGGCCUUUAAGCUGAAGACCACUUCGCCUCACAUGUUCUUUGUGCGCCCCAAUGUCGGGGUUUUGGGGCCCGACAAGACCGUCACCGUGAACAUUGUCAUGCAGCCCACUGGAUCGGAUGACCUCCAGAAGCGACACAAGUUUCUAGUCAUGGCGGCCAUAGCCUCCGGCAGCGAUAUCAACCUGCAGGAGUUUUGGAAGGAGCAGAAACCGAGCGACAUCUGGGAUGCCAAGAUCAAGUGUGAGAUUAUUCCGGGAAAGGUAUCGGAGAAGGCAUCGAAAGAGCAACCACGACGAGCUGUUGGCGGUGCUAAUGUCUCUCCAAGCAACCAAGAUGACGAGUCUGUGGUCACAGCCAAUCUACUCAAGCAAGCCAGCAUGCUGGAGGAGGAGCACUCGGCUCUCAAAGAGGAGAUUGAUACCUUGCAGGAACAGGGACGUCGACCCAAGCAACGGGGCAGGGACAUGAUCAAAUUUGCCUGUUGUGUUUUUACCAUCAUAGCCGUCAUUGUUGGGGCAUAUUAUGGCAAACAUUACUUGUGAGCUUGGCCAAUAAUUGUACACAAAUUUAUUGUCAAUUAAAGCAGACUGCAAUCCAGG